AUGCAGCGCAAACGGCGAUGGGGUGUCGCGAUCGACGCAGGUUCCUCUGGGACCCGCGUUCAUGUUUACCGAUGGGAUGCUCAGGGAGAGAUUGCAUCGAUCCCCAAAUCCAAAGCGCUCCCUCGCCUGACACCCACCAAGGUGUAUAAGAUUCACCCGGGCCUCUCAACUUUUGUCGACAAGAUUGCCGAGGUUGGCCCAGGCCAUCUUCAACCCCUCCUUGAUGCUGCAACCAAUGCCAUCCCGUUCAGUGAACGAUCCGGAACCCCCAUCUUUUUUAUGGCAACUGCAGGUAUGCGCAUGGUUGCACAGGCACAGCAAACCAGUUUAUUGCGUGAGGUUUGCAACUAUAUCCGGAAUUCCAGCCAGUUUCUUGUCAGUGAUUGUGAAACGCAUGUGCGGAUUAUCACGGGCGAGACAGAAGGAGUCUAUGGUUGGCUUGCAGCCAACUAUUUACUUGGAGGUUUGGCUAAUAAUGUCAAUGGACUGCUGAACGAUAGCCGUGAUACAUAUGGCUUCUUGGAUAUGGGAGGAGCGUCUGCUCAAAUCGUCUACGCUCCUAAUACUACAGAGACAGAAAAACAUGCCGAUGACCUGAAAUUAGUUCGCUUGCGAAACCUAGAUGGGAGUAUGAGAGAAUAUAGAGUCUUCUCUGCUUCAUUCCUGGGAUUUGGGGCGAACGUUGCGCGACAAAGAUUUGUCGAUAGCCUUAGAGAAAAGUAUAUCGCGGACGAUAGCCACGAGUUCCCCGACCCCUGCAUGCCCCAUGGCCUACGAAUUACGAUCGAAGGUGGCUCGUCAGACCUGGAGGAGACGGUUGCCGAUAGAGAUAUCCUUGUUGGCACGGGCGAUUUCCUGGAGUGUCUACGCCUAACACUUCCACUUCUUGGAAAGGACACUGUUUGCGAGGAGACUCCCUGUCUCUUCAACGGAAAGCAUGCGCCGGCUAUCGAUUUCCGAGUUAGUCGCUUCGUUGGCAUAUCUGAAUACUGGCACAUGACUCAUAAUUUCUUGAAGACGGCUGGAGCCAAGUCUUAUGAUCUAAUGACCUACCAGGAGACGGUAAUGGAAUUCUGCAACAGGGAUUGGAAUGACAUUGCGAAUGAUAUCCUACCCCGGAAGAAGGAUCCGUCUGAAAAAUUACGGAAUGCGCAAGAUGCUUGCUUCAAGGCGUCGUGGCUCAUCAACAUCCUUCAUGAGGGAGUUGGUAUUCCUCGAUUGAGAUUGGAUCCUCCAUCAGUGGCUGGGUUCAAUAUUUCCCAACAAACAGGCCGCAAGGGUACGGAAGCAGGCUUUCCGGAUUCUUUCAGGCCGCUCAAUAAAAUUGACGGAACGGAGCUUAGCUGGACUCUCGGACAGAUGCUUUUGUAUGCCUGCGGCCAGAUAAGGCCUGUCGGUGACAACCUCCCCGUUGGAUUAGGAAGGAAUCUCCCCGGUGUUCCGCUUGAUUUUGAGUAUUUGCCUGGAACUUUUCCGGACGGCCUGGACUCGGAUUCGAAGACCUACAUGACAGGAGGUCAGAUGCGCCCGAGGACAACUCUCCCAAUUCUUUGCCUCAUUGGGCUUGUCCUUGCCCUGGUACUACUUUGUCGCCGAGAAAGAAGGACGAAGAUCUAUGCGCGGCUCGUUUCGGCACCACGCCAUUAUCGCCGACGUUGCUGCCCGAGGUUAACCGGCAGGAUAUUCCCUUUCGCAAGAAAGCUGUUUGGGGAUAACCGGAACGUUUAUGAGAGGAUUCUAGAAGAAGGUGGUGCUGGAGAACAUAGCUUAUCCGAGAUAGAUACCGAUGACUCCGAGGCCUUCGGCGGGCCUCUUACGGCUAUGUCUUCUGGUCUUCUUACGCCAAAAACGACAGCGGAACGGUUUGAGGAAGCGCAUACAGGCCUGUUUCUUGGCCGUAAUGGACUAGCUGCAAGGACCGAGGGCCGGGAGAGGCUGGCCGUUCAAGCACAAAUACUGAAUAUUGGACGAAGGAGCAGGGCUGGGAGCCCAGCCAGGGCAAAACGCCAGCCAUAA